CCAACUUUCUGGGCCUGAAUCUCAAAGUUUAAAACGCACCAUUUCUUUCAGAGCCACCGGAGGUUUUACCGAUGAAGUUCACAGAUUCGCCGGUGAUCGACCUUACGGUGCUGGAUAAGAAACUCUCUGUUCAGCAAGACAACGGCUCGAUGCAUGUGGGCACCAGCGUCUGGCCAUGCUCACUCGUCGUCGUUAAGUUCGCCGAGCGCUGGCACCCGUCGGCGUACGCUGCCGCUGACAACCCCUACUCCGAUCUCCUCGACUUUAGAAACAAGAGCGGCGUCGAGCUCGGAGCUGGCUGCGGAAUCGCCGCUAUGGGCCUAUUCUUAUUGGGCCUCAACGACGUCGUCCUCACCGACAUCUCCCCCGUCAUGCCGGCCCUAAAGCACAACCUGAAGCGAAACAAGCAAGUUUUGAACAAAUCCCUGAAAACGGCUGUUUUGUAUUGGAACAAGGAGGAGCAGAUUAGGGCCUUAGGAAAGCUCUUCGACUUUGUCAUCGCCACUGACGUGGUUUACCUGGAGGAAACGGUGGGCCCUCUCAUCACUGCCAUGGAAUCUCUUCUCAAGGAAGACGGCGUCGUUUUGCUUGGCUACCAGCUUAGAUCUCCCGAGGCACACAAGAUGUUCUGGGAGCUCUGCCCGGAGGUUUUCGAUGUCCAGAAAGUUCCUCACGAGCAUUUGCACCCAGAGUAUGCUUACGAGGAGACCGACGUAUAUAUACUCCGGAAGAAGAAGAAACCAUAAUCUUCAAGAUCAAAUUUUUAUUUCAGGCGAGCUUCCUAUUUUUUUCUCAAUCUAAUUUUCAAGUGAGAAGCUUUUCAAUUUUCAAUCUUUCUUUUCGCUUGAGCUUUCUGUUAAGAGCGUCAGUUUGAAAUUAUUGCCAUGGUGUGGUUGGGUAGGUUAGCUACCACUGCCUAUUUUAUUAAGAAAUGUAUCUUUACUUAUAUGUUCUCAAUGCAUCCUUAUCCAUGCUUGAAGGAAAAACUUUGACUAAUUGAAAGAUUUGUGAGAAUUUUAUGUGAAGAUAAGGUGUAGAUAACAUGUAAUUAAAUGUAGUCGAGAUAUAUUUCUGGUGUAAAUUUACAUUACACAUGGAUUCAGUUACCAAUGAACUACUUCGUUUCGCAUUACUAGACUAAGCCUAAGUCCUAACAUUUCACUUGUUCUCUGAAAGACAAGUCUCUGGGGCCCUUCCCCUGUCCCUGCAAUGCCUUCGUGCACCGGGCUGCCCUCUUUUAAAGUGAUGGGAACUGGUAACAGAGAAGGGGAGUGAUAUUAAACCAGCCUUCAUUCUUCAACACUGAUAAUGCUAGAGCUUUGCCCUGGUGCAACCGUGCAAUAAGUACAGAGAAUAUCGAUUGCCCUGCAGACUGUCCAACAUAAUGAACAGAUCGUCUAAACGAUAAUGAAGCAAACAGUUUCACAUCUGAAAAGGUCCUUAUCUUCUUAUUGUACAGACGAAAUGCCAUAUUUUAAGUUGCUUUGUAUAAUUCUAUUGCUAUUCUUGUUCAUUGUUGUACCUUUUUUUUGUUCAAACUCAACUUUGAGUUUUCUAAUAAAGGUCUAAGCAACAUAUUCUAAAAG